AUGCAUUUUGCCGUUUCAAUUGAAAUCGCACUGAAGGGUCAGUUGGGAAGUUACUUGGUGACCAAUGGUAAAGACAAGGCGCUGUUGGAUGAUUUGAAGCGCCAGGCUCGCUGUCCACCCAACAAAGCCAACAUAAUUAUUUCGCAGCGUGCGGGACGUCGUUACGACAAUCUGCGUCUAGCAGAAGGGAGCCUUGCGAAUCACGCGAUUUGCAACAUUCUCGAGGUAAACGAUGACGUUUUUAACGCUCUCAUUGACGUAUGUAGCUUGGAGAGCAAGUUGCUAUUCGACAGCCGUCAGAUAGCUGAGGAAAGCGUGUUAAGCGGCUCAAGUGGUAACUUCAGAAUGGCGCGGUUCGUGUCGGAGGUGUUCCUUCCGAACGGCGACAAGUUCAUUGUCCGUUCUGGCAAUUUGGCAUUCAUUGCCAACAAGCUACACCUUCGUAGCUCUAUCAUUUGUCAAGAUGUGGAGGGUGAGAUCAAGGACUUAGAACAGAAGCUUCAUCGUCUUCAGGGGGAUGUAGAGGCUUUACGUCGCGAUGAGUCUCGGCUGCGGCGUGAUCGUGAAGAGCUUCGCCACCAGAUUAAGCAGCAGAACGAUCGCAUCGACUAUUUGUCGCGUCGGCACAAUCAGAAGCGUGCAGGAUUGCGCAGUCUUGAGGAAGAACUGUCUGAUGACCUGCAGCAGCACACUUUGGAUACCUCUGUGCUGGAAGAUGAAGUGAGAGGCGUUGAGGAGGAGUUAGAAGGUUUCCGUUGUCGUGAGCAAGAGCUGAAUGAGAUUCUGUCGAGGUCAAAUCCAGACUUGGAAGGUCAGCUGCAUGACCUUGAGGAAUUGGACGCGGCGGAGAAAGAAAUUGCUGUUGAAAUGAACGAGUACCAGGAAGAAGCUGACGCAAUUUACAAACGUCUGAGCGAAAUGAAGGUACAGGAGAUGACGUAUCAGCGGGAGGCAUCGACGCUGCGUGACAUGGUUGUGCAGUGGGAAGACGAGCUAGCAACACUGCAAGAAGAAUGUGAGGAACAGAAGCACAAGGCGCAACAGCACUGUGAACGAGUGUCUGUCACACACUCGCAUGAGUAUUAUGGCAAGCGGUUGACCGAUAUCAAGCGUCAGAUUGAUCAUGAACGCAGUCGGUUUCGAGGCAUGGACUUGUCGGAGCUAAAGGAUGACAUGGAGGCCAAGACGAUUAAGUACCGAAGCAAGAAGACCAACUUUGACAAGUUUCGAGAUAACCUCGAGCGCAUUCGGUCGAUGCUGGAGGAACGUAAACGAGUGUGGCAGAUCCUGCGGAAGGAGAUCGCUCAUCGGACGUCCAUGGAGUUUAACAAGUUCAUGUGCCUGAAUAACUUUGCAGGCAAACUGAAGUUCAGGCACGACGAUCAGCGGCUCGAAAUUGCUGUUUUGCAUAAUGAAAAAGGAGCGUCGCGAGCAUCGCAAGUGACGGACAUGAAGGAGCUCUCUGGUGGCGAGCGGUCUUAUACUCAAGUGUCGCUGCUGCUGGCGCUUGGGGAGAGCAUUGAAUGUCCAUUUCGAGUGAUGGACGAGUUCGACGUAUUUAUGGACUCGGUGAACCGUGACAUGACGAUCCAAUUGCUCGUGAAAGCUGCCAAGAAGGACGGCAAGAAGCAGUUUAUCUUCGUAACUCCUAACGACCUCAGUACGCUACGCCGCGAUCCGAUGGUGAAGAUCCAGAAAAUGAAUCCUCCACGGGACCGAUUGAAUGCUGAGCAAGAUUGA